AUGGAGAAACGAGCGAAGCGAAAAUAUCGAUGCCGAGUUCGGAGUCCCGAGACAAUUCAUCGCUCUAGACGUGUCCGACGAUCUAAAGCCAAUGAUCGGGAGCGCAGACGGAUGCACAGUCUCAAUGAUGCGCUCGAGGAACUGCGAAAAGCACUACCUCAAUUACCUCAGGAGCCGAAACUCACCAAAAUCGAAACCCUUCGAUUAGCCAACAAUUACAUCUACGCACUCGCACAAACCCUCAAAAGCGAUCCGGAAGAGUACGAGUCACCUGACGAAUCAGCGUUCCCUUCAGAGGGUAUCAUCGACGAUAACUCAAUGUUCGAUCAAACAUCACAGACCUCAUCUGAAGGAACAGAUUUCACUUCACCUCGCCAUUUCCUCAACACGUUACCAACGUCAGAUUCAAUAUCACCAUCUUAUCAUACUUAUCCCCAAAACUUAUCGAAUUUCAACUAUUCAUGA